UUUAAUGAAAACAAAACGUAGAAAAAUAUGACAUCGAUAAAAGUACAAUUUCGGUCAUUAAAUGCUUACGAUUUACACAAACGUUUAAUUAACGAUUAUGUAUUAAGUAAACCAGGUGCUUCAAGAUUACUAAAACGAGAUACAACUCGCGAUAAACGUGAUAUUGAUGUUAUUCGUGAAAAUCAUCGAUUCCUGUGGGAAGAUGAUAAUGCACCUAAUACGUGGGAAGAACAACUGGCACGAAAAUAUUAUGACAAAUUAUUCAAAGAAUAUUGCAUAUCCGAUUUAUCACGGUACAAGGAAAAUAUGAUUGCAAUGCGAUGGCGUACCGAACCAGAAGUGAUCACUGGGAAAGGACAAUUUAGUUGUGGCAAUAAACGAUGUGAAGAAAAAGAAGGAUUGCGUACAUGGGAAGUAAAUUUCGGUUACAUUGAACAGGGUGAAAAAAAGAAUGCACUCGUUAAAUUAAGAUUAUGCCCGGAAUGUUCAAUAAAAUUAAAUUAUCGUUCCAGAAAACGUGAAAUCAAACGGUUGAAGGUUCAUAAAAAGAAAAAGCAUUCAUCGAAAGAGGAAGAAGGUAUAAAAGAAGUUGAAGAAACGAAUGCAAAUGAUUCGACAAUAACUCGAGAAGAAAUUAAUGAACCAAGUAGUUCGACGACUUUGCCGGACGAUGAAAAUAUUUGGACCAGACCAAGAGAGGAAGAAAUUGAAAAAUCCAGAGGAGAUGAAUUUGCAGAAUUCUUAGAAGAAUUAUUACUGUAAUCAAAUUUACUAAACAAACAAAAAAAUAAAAUAAACCUCUUUCUAUUUGAA